AUGACUACAAACACAAAUGAAAGUGGAACUGAAAGCGAAGAUGAUGACGAUAGUAUUAAAGAUCCCAAUUUUAAAAGUUCUUCAAGUUCGAGUAGGUCAAGUUCAGAUUCUUCUUCGUCGUCUGAUGAAGAAAUUGGCCGAGAAGUCUUGAGGGAAAUAGUUGCGACGAGAAACACUGAAGAAUUACACGAAGACUUGGAAAAUAAUGCUGCAAAUGGAAAGAAAUCUAGGAAAAGAAUUCGAAACGAAAAUAAGUGGAACAAAAACAAGAUAAAGAGAUUAAGAAAUGCUGGCAAGGAGUACAUUUCAUCAGCAAAAUCCAAAAGUGUCGUCGCUGCUAAACAAGUAAAAGAGCCUUGUGGUGAAAAAUGCCAACACCAGUGUUCUAAGAAAUUUGACAGGGAACAACGUUCACAACUAUUCAAUGCUUAUUACAGCCUCGAGAAUAUUGAUAGAAAGCGUGAUUUCUUAUCAAAGCAUAUGGAAUUAAUUACACCAAAAUAUCGUUAUGUUAGAGCUGCCAGUAACCGAAGACUAAAUAUUGCUUUUUAUUUCAAAACCUCUGAUGGCAAAAAACUAAGGGUUUGCAAGAAAUUUUUCAAAAAUACGCUUAAUAUAAAUGAUAGGACAGUACUUACAGUUAUCGGGCAUUGUUAG